AUUUUUAUUUAUUUAUUUUUGGGAACCAAUAUAUAAAGCUAUCCAAAAGAAACAGCUUCACUUCUCUCCCUGAUUCCUCAUUCCGACACCGAUCGAAAAGGGUGGGGUUGAGGAAUCCAUUAAUCUUACGAUUUUCUUGUGGAUCGCCAUUUACCACCUCGCAGGUCUUUGGCCUGGUAAAUAUAUCUUCAAGCGAUUUACCCGGUGAACCAUCAUGGCGUCGAAGCGUAUCUCGAAGGAGCUUAAGGAUUUGCAGAAGGAUCCUCCAACUUCUUGCAGCGCAGGUCCUGUAGCUGAAGACAUGUUCCAUUGGCAAGCAACCAUUAUGGGACCCACUGAUAGCCCAUAUGCGGGAGGUGUUUUUCUAGUUACUAUUCAUUUCCCCCCUGAUUAUCCUUUCAAGCCCCCUAAGGUUGCAUUUAGGACCAAGGUCUUCCACCCAAACAUCAAUAGCAAUGGAAGCAUUUGUCUUGAUAUCCUUAAAGAACAGUGGAGCCCAGCUCUUACAAUUUCUAAGGUAUUGCUCUCUAUCUGCUCAUUGCUGACUGACCCAAAUCCUGAUGAUCCUCUUGUACCGGAGAUUGCCCACAUGUAUAAGACUGACCGGGCCAAGUAUGAAGCCACUGCACGCAGCUGGACACAGAAGUAUGCAAUGGGAUGAUGGUUAUUAAGACAACAAAUUUGGAUUUUGGUUUGAAGAACGUGUUUAGUCAUAUUUUCUUGUCUCACCUUGUUGUUUGUUAUGUAUCUUGGGGAUGUUGGGAAUCUAGAAAGAGGGUGGAAUUUAAGCAUGUUGGUCAGAACAAUGUUGUGAAAUUGUAUAACCAAAAGUGUAAACAGGUUAUGCACUCUUUGUCUGAAGCUGUUUGUUCUGGCAAUGUAGAAUAGUCAGUAUUGCAAACUGUUUUGAAGUUUGAAGUUUCAAGAAAAUGAAGGAAAUCAGUGUUGUUUUCAGACUCUCACCACUGGUUUCUUUAUUAAAUAAUUGAAAUAUGCAUGCUGGGUAAUUGGUUUGACAA